CAAAACCGCCACUUACCUUCACACACACUCCCCACAUUCACUCUCUUACCCCCCUCUUCCUCUCUUUUAAGAUUUCACACAAUCACAGCACCGUGGAUAUAGCAGUUGUGUUUAAUGCUGCCAAUGAAUAUUGAGCGCUCGUCAUUGUUUUGACAUUUUUGUUUUUGAUUCUUUCCCCUAUCAUUGUGAUAGAUGUUCAGAGAGACUGAGGAGAAUAAUGGAGGGCUCUGAGUUCUCUAGCCUUCUCUGCCAAGAAGACGAGACUUGCUUGAUCAAUCAAGUGGAAGAUGAUGAAGAAUCAGAAGACAGUGCGAUUGGUUUCUACCCUUUUUUUGUUUCUGAAAAUGAAGAUGAGUAUGUUGAGAACUUGUUUCUGAAGGAGAGUUAUUGCUUUGGAUCCAAGGGAUUUGUACCCUUUAGCCAUUGCUCUGCCACAACCUGGUUCAAAGCUGCUCGCUUGGAUUCUAUUGAUUGGAUUUUCAAUGCCAGGGCAGAAUUUGGUUUCCGGUUGCAAACAGCAUAUUUGUCGAUCACAUACUAUGAUCGGUUCCUAUCAAAGCGAUCCAUUGAUGAUGGGAAACUGUGGGCUUUUAGAUUACUAUCAGUGGCAUGUUUAUCCUUGGCGGCGAAGAUGGAAGAAAUCAAAGUACCAUCUUUGUCACAAUUUCAGGUUCAAGAUUACGAUUUUGAAAGCAGAACCAUUCAGAGAAUGGAGCUAUUGGUGUUAAGUACAUUGGAAUGGAAGUUGGGUUCAAUCACUCCUUUUGCUUAUUUGCCUAACUUCAUCAAUAAAUUCUGUUGUGAAAGUGAAUCCAGACCAAAAGGACUUCUCUCUGGUGCUAUAAGCCUCAUUGUGGCAAUGACUAAAGAGAUUGAGUUAACAGAUACUCGGCCAUCUAUUAUUGCAGGAGCUGCAAUAUUAGCACUAGUUGAUGGUCAAUUAACUAGAAAUCUUCUGGACCUUAAGAUGAGCUCGAUAUCAUUCUGGCAUUCCGAAGAUUAUGAUCAUAUAUAUUCCUGUUACAAUCUUGUGCAGGAAAUUGUGGAAAGGAAAGAUAAGACACCAUCCAAGUUUUCACUCUCUUCCCCUAAUGUGUUACCAACACAAGCAAGCACAAUUGAUGUGCUUGAAAACUCAGGGGGAACAAAGAGAAGGCUUACCUUCAGUGACUCUGAUGACCUCAUCAGUUGCCCAACAAAGAAAAUUCACAUGCCAUAG